CUACUUCUAAGUACAGUGGUAAAGUGACUCUCUCUCUCUCUCUCUGUCAAGAUUUAAGCAACUUUUUAAUGUUUUCCUUUUCCAAGCUCCUGAAUGCUGAAUGGCUUUUUCUCCCAUUCAUUUAUCUGGAUUGUGUUUUUGCCUCCAUUCAGUCCUCUGGCUUGAGCUGACACACUCUUUUGCAUUCAGCAUAUUAUCUUAACCUGUUCCCCACCGUGUUUCUGGAUUCAUAUCACGUGGGGGUUCUGACAUUUUUGUAGUUUCUUUGCUGUCCUGGUACCUCCCCUUCAAGUUCUUCUCUCUUUUUUAUCUCCUUAUCAGCUUUUUCAAGUUAUUUUGGUUUCUCAUCAAUUAAGAAACUCACCUAAAAUAUAAAAGAAACAAGAUUGUGUUGCUUUUCUAUCUUUUCUUUCCCUUGUUGUGGUUCUCGUGUACCUUACACACUGCUGCACAGUGCUUUUUAUGAAGGCUUUUAAGUGCUUAUCGGUUCCUCUUUGCUAACUUUCUUCUCUGGUGAAGUGAAGCCAUAUCUGUGCGAAUUGACAUUCUGAUGCUGCUGUUGAGACACUGUUGAAGUGGGGUUGUUUUGUUUGGAUUGGAUUCUUUUGCACUCUGAUCCUUGUUGUGUGUGUGUGCAAGUCAAGUCAUGGAGUCUUGGAGCUAUGUUGCUGAGGAGAAAGGGUAUGUCUCCAGUGAGGCACUAUCACCUCCCAACACACUUGAGAGAAGCAAAGGUUCCUGUUUUGGUUGGGAACUGAAAACCCCAUGUAGUUUUUCCAAUGACAUGUUGGGUUUGGGCCAGCAAAACGUUGAGGAUCAAGGUUUUGGGGAGUUGGGUUUUCCAGGAAUGUUGGGGAAGCAGUUGUGCGGUGAUGAUCCUAAUCCUAUUGGUGCUGUUCAGAGCAGAAAGGUGGAUGAUGUUGUUGUUGACUGCAGAAUCACUAGUCCUAGUCCUGUUGUGGCUGCCCCAAAUGGAUUUUCUUCAAGGGAGGACUUCAAUUCCAAGCUUUCAAACGCUCUGGUGGACUCUAAUGGUGGAAAUUCACUCAUUGAUUUGAAGCUGGGUUGGUUUGCUGACCAUGGAGAUGCCAUGGUUCCAACAUUUUCCAAGGGAGCCCCCAUUUUGUCUUCUUCCGAGUUGUCGACGCCACCAAAGAGGGUGAGAGCUUCGGGGGCGCAUUCUCAGACUGCUUACUGCCUAGUCUAUGGCUGUAACAAGGAUCUGAGUGGUUGCAAAGACUACCACAAGAGGCACAAAGUUUGUGAGGUUCACUCCAAGACUUCCAAAGUUAUAGUGAAUGGCAUUGAACAAAGGUUUUGUCAGCAAUGUAGUAGGUUUCAUUUGCUGGCUGAAUUUGAUGAUGGUAAGCGUAGCUGUCGUAAACGCCUUGCAGGCCACAAUGAGCGUCGAAGAAAGCCACAAGUGGGUAUUCACUCUGGAAAAGCUGGGAGGUUGCUUCAGCCAUAUGCUGAUAGCAGAUUCCAGGAGACCAUGCUAACAUCGUCUUUUAUCUGCCAAGAGAUACUCCCCAGUGGAGUCUUGUCUUCUGAGAAAUAUGGAGCAAGUGACAUGUGGAGACCUAUCAAAGCUGAAGACAGCACCGGUUUUACUUUUAGGCCCCUUUCUUCUAUUCCUAUUACCAAUGGACAUCCUCAGUCACGAUCUUUAUUUCCUUCGUAUAGUGGAAAACAACUUCCAUUUCUUCAUGAAAAUGGUGCUACAUCUGCCACAGGAAACAUCUUCUCUGAAAACAAUAACCAAUAUAAUCCUCCUUCCCUCGGUGGCCAAAGUUCCGGGUCACAAUCACUAUUCCAGGACAGCUCCUUAGGAAGGGAGGACUUCAAUGUUUUCGACACAGAAUCAGCUGUUCAAGGACUAUCAGGAAUUUCUGACUCUGGCUGUGCUCUCUCUCUUCUGUCAUCUCAAUCCCAGAACUCUUCGGGCCAAUCAUCAGGGAUUCCCAUUGCUCACCCGAUGGUUAUUCCAAGCAGCCACAGCCAUUACAACAUGAGUCGGGUUUCUGAAAAGAUGAUAGGAAUAAGUUCACAGGCUUCAAGUGGAGUGUCAGAUAGGUUUCCACCUGAAUUCAAUCCUGUAGAUGGAAGUCAUCUUAGUCCCAUAUUGAUAUCAGAUAAUAAUGAAAUCAUCAAUUUUGAAAUGGCAAAUGGGAUCUUCCAAGGGUCGGAUUUCGUGAACGUGAAAGAUCGCCUUUCCUGUGAAGACAGCCUCACCAUUGACUUGCUUCAACUAUCGUCGCAACUUCAGCGUGUCGAGAAUCAGAGGCUGUCCUUGCAGGUGAAACAAGAAAAUGAUUCUUCCUGCUCUCUGCGGAUUACUUGAGAUGCUUUCAAGUUUAAAGAGGAACCACUUGUGCUUGUGUGCAACAUGUUGUGACAGACUCCAAUGCCACUCAUCCAAUUCCUUAACAAUGUAGGGCACAAUGAGGAGAAGCUUAAGAUGGUCAUUGGUAUCAGCUGCUAACUAGUUUACAUGGUUCUCUCGGGCUAAUUCGUUUUAAGAAGCUGAACAAUGAUUCGGACAAAAUAGUCCCUCAGUCUAAAUGUAUCCAUCUGGAUAUAUAUAAAUAAUAAACCAAAGCCUGAGAUGUAUCAAAGUGUGCCCUUCUGAUUCGUGCCAUAAAAAUACUUCAAUUUGGACUUUUGUUAACUAGAAACUGAAGUCUAUGAUGAAUAUUAAUUCUGCACCAAUCCAUUAUUAUUCCAUCUUAA